GUUUGGGACGCGGUGCAGGAUGGACGCGCCCGACGAGCGGUUUUUCGCGGACCGUUCCCCGGAUCGCUCCGAUACCAACAGCCCCCGCUCGGCCGUCAGCACGCCCAACUCCAACUCCUCAAUAAACGUGACCGACCAGUCGAUAUCCCUGUCGCAGCAGAACUUGGAGACUCUCAACCGCAUGGGCAUGUUCUUUCACGCGCAACAAAUGCAAUUGAAUCAAAGUUUUGACGUGAAGCGGCUCGGCUUGACCCAAGUGCCCGGUGCUAGUCAGGGCCCAAGACACAGUAUAGACGCGAUCCUCGGCCUCAGCUCUCAGAGGCAGGCCAGACUCAGUGAGUUCGAGCAGAGGAGAGAGGAGUGCGACCCCGUCCCCGUCUCCCCGGGAGCCGUCGAAAGCGCUGGCGAGGGUUCGUGUAACAGUAAUGAUGGCUACAACCAGAGAACUGAUGACAAGUCGCCACCGGCUAGCGACGACGACACGCCACAGCAGUCCACGGACAACAAGAAGAAACACAGAAGAAAUAGAACCACAUUCACAACCUACCAGCUUCAUGAGUUGGAGCGCGCCUUCGAGAAGAGUCACUAUCCAGACGUGUACUCCAGAGAAGAGCUGGCUAUGAAGGUCAACCUGCCAGAGGUCAGAGUUCAGGUCUGGUUCCAGAACAGGAGAGCGAAGUGGCGUCGACAGGAGAAGAUGGAGGCGGCUCGGCUGGGUCUGUCCGAGUACGGGUGUGGGGGCGGUGGGAUGCCGCGGCUCAGCGCACUAGGUCUGCCGGUCGAUCCCUGGCUAGCCCCCCCGCUACUCAGCGCAUUGCCGGGUUUCCUCAGUCACCCCCCUUCAGGCUACCCCAGCUACCUGACCGCGGCCGGCCCCGCACCCGCGCCCCCCGCCGCGCCCGACCCCCGCUCAUCGUCCAUCGCCGCCCUCAGGAUGAAAGCCAAGGAGCAUGUCGAAAACAUCAGUAAAGGACUGCAGAUGGUUUAGCCGCAGGAGGAACGUCAACAUCCAUAUUUAUGAACUCUAAGCACCGAUCUACAAAAUAUUACUUUUUUUUCCUACCUAAGCUGGUAGCCUUGAGAGGCUAUUUCAGCGUAACCUUAACUAGUAGGUCAGCUCACGGGGCUCAAACCUGAUGAAGUUGCUUACACGAACCCUAGCAAGAGCCGUGCUUCGCAGAAUCUACCGCUGGAUCGGAAACGAUACCCACUGAGAAGAUCCGGCGAGAAACUCAGUGGGCUGUGGUCUGUGGGUUAAUUUACUCGUCGAGCCCUUUGUCGCAAGCGACGGGUUUGACGAAAACGAUGACCGGUGCUUGAGGUACCUAAAAGCACCGUUAGUGGAUCGGGAGGAUCCGAAAUGACGUGUUUGGGGCGACGUCGACUGCUUUCCAUUCUGUCCGAAGGAUCGGGAAUGUAGUUACCGGUGGCCACGAUGAGAGGGUUCUCGUGUCGUGCCGCUUUAUCGAAGUGACGCAUCGAUGCCAACUGUAGAUACUUACUGAUGGAGAUAAAAUAUUGCAAUAAUCAGUGAUCUUUACAACCUCCACUAACACCAUUGUUUUAGAUUUGUGAUGCUGUGACAGUCACCAUUUGUACAAGACCGUUACGGAAUACAGUGGCUUGGCUGGAGGAGAAACGACCACAGAUAUAUUUUUCCUCUACCUAAUCACUGGUAGCUUAAGAGGCUAUAUCAGCUACGCUAAGACUCGUAGGUGAGCUCACGGGCUCAACUUGAGAGAACUUGCUAACACUAUCCCAAACAAGAUAAAUGUUUCGCUAAUAAUACCACAGGAUCGGAAUCGUGACCCAUUGAAAGAUCUGGUGAACUCUUGAUAUGACUAGAGGUUUUUUUUAUUCGACGGCGGCUUUGCAUUGCCCCUUCGGCUGGGUAUUUAGUUAGAGGUGGUAAUGAGGAGAUUGUUAUUUUACAGCACCGCAUUUUCGAAGAAGCGUUCUGAUGCUGUCUUCAGAUACUUAGGUAUUGUUUCUGGAUGGAGGUUAUCGUGAAGUUCUACAUUCUUCACUAAACACAGUGCUCUGAAGGCUAUCCUACAGAAACCGGAGAGAGCUUAUCUGUGUUAGGGCCGCUAAAACAAAUACUACACUUGCAUAGGUCAUGAAGUACUAGUAUAGUACAACUAAAGGCUGAGGUAGUUUUCAGAUGUAGUCGAAAUAGAAUUACAUCUGCAAGCUAUCUCAGAAUACAGAAUUUUGUACAGUUAUAUAGCAAAAUUACUAUACAGUACAGUUAUACAGAAUUUUGUACUUAGACGAUGAAUUGAAAGAAGAUUAGUACUUGUUUCUAUAACAGUGGAGCAGUUUAUUCAAUAACAUCACUAGAGGACUUUCAGUCUGGGCCUGGAUGCACGAUCUCUCUACUGGUUCACAGAGUUUGAGACUGGGGAGAUUUAAAUAAAAAUUUAAUACAAAUGGCGAUUAAUGGGGCAAACUCAAAUUGAAUUAGACGAAAAUUGUUCUCAACAUCAAUGUGCAUCAAUUAACGUUGAUUUUGUUUACAUAUAAAAAUGAAAAACCCACUAUGUUGCCUAAAAACUUAUGAUUGUAGAAACUCAAUAACUCUAUACGAAUAUGGACGAAUUCUAGACACACAAGACGACGAAUGGUAGAUUGCUACGUGUUCUUUAAUAUUAUCGUCACGGAAGGCACGCGGCAUCACCGUAGAUCACCCGGUGACGUCACCUAUAUCAGAGUCGCAGCCUAGCUAUUGCUCAGCACAGGUAUCGUGAAUGGGCUUACGGUUUCGCGGUAGCGGGGGUAGAUUUCGCUUUAAGCUCGAAAAGUCUUAAACGUUUUUCAUGUAUUUAUUUGUUAAUCAAGGAAAUUAAGUAAAACAAAAUCACAAAGUUUUAUCUCUGACCUCAAUUAAGUUUUUUUUUUUUUAUUGCUUAUAUGGGUGGACGAGCUCACAGCCCACCUGGUGUUAAAUGGUUACUGGAGCCCAUAGACAUCUACAACGUAGACGCGCCACCCACCUUGAGAUACAAUUUCUAAGGUCUGAGUAUAGUUACAACGGCUGCCCCACCCUUCAAACCGAAACGCAUUACUGCUUCACGGCAGAAAUAGGCAGGGUGGUGGUACCAAUCCGCGCGGACUCACAAGUGGUCCUACCACCAGUAAUUACGCAAAUUAUAAUUUUGCGGGUUUGAUUUUUAUUACACGAUGUUAUUCCUUCACCGUGGAAGUCAAUCAUGAACAUUUGUUGAGUACGUAUUUCAUUAGGAAAAUUGGUACCCGCCUGCGGGGUUCGAACACCGGUGCGUCGCUACAUACGAAUGCACAAGACGUCUUAUCCUUUAGGCCACGACGACUCCACACGUAUUACUCCACAAGCCACAGUCCCGAGAUGAACCGGCGCAACAAGCUACAACAAUAUGUGUAUUAGUCCAAUUACGACUCAGACAUCAGGAAUUUAAGCAAGUUAGAGCACAGGAAUUUAUUACUAUUAAAUGAUCACUGAUCGUAACCCAGUAAUUUAAAUGAAUUAUAAAAAUGGAGACUGAACUAAUUAAAUGACAAUCGUGAAUGAUAACGGUCACAUAGGGCAGUACUAUCUAUCACGGACAGACUACUAUCUAUACUCUCUAUCACCCACCGCAAUAGGGUCAGUACUAAUUGUCAAAGACAACGUUUCACAUCCAAAUCUGUGCAGUACUGACUGUCGAAAGACAGUGGUCCGUACACCAAGAUGCAUCCGCUCAAAUGCAUGCAGAGCACUCCACGCAACGGCUUAUAUCUCGGGAAUCGUGCUGCGUCUCGUUUAGCUACCAAACUAAUGACCGUCUCCGAUAUGUUCAUAUAUUUUUAUCAUCAUAACAGUACUUUAAAUACACAAAAAGAGAUGAUAAUAACGAAAUGAAAAUGUUUGUCGCGGUCGCGGCACCCCGCGCAGCGCCAUCUAGUCAAAUCUAUUGCACAUUAUAAUGCGCCUUGUCGUACAAACGUUCCUUGACAGUGUUCAAACCUACCUUGGCUGCAGGGUGGUGGCGCUCUAGGAGUAUUCCCAUUUCCCCACUAUGCCAGUCAUUCUACGCACAAAUAAAAAAAAAACUUACUCUAUGCAGUAUCUGGGAGCACUCUCGACUUCUGCUCUUAUGUCCUUCCACGUUGUCACAUUAGUUGUCCAGGCACAUGCUGAUAUGUGGGGUUUUUUUUUCUUUUUCCUACCUAUCCUGAUAGCAAUAAGAGGCUAUUUCAGCUUCACCCUAACGUUUGUAGGUGAGCUCGCGGGGCUCAACCGGAGAGUUGCUAACACUGACCCUAGCAAGAGCAGUGCUUCGCAGAAUCUACCACCGGAUCGGAAACGCGACUCACUGAGAAGAUCCGGCGAGAAACUCAGUGGGCUGUGUCUAUGGGUUAGUUCGCUCGUCGAGCCCUUCGUCGCAAGCGACGGGUUCGACGAGGACGGUGACUGGUGCUUGUGGUACCUAAAAGCACCGUUAAUGGAUCAAGGUGGGGUGUGCGUCCUCGAGCGGAUUUAUAGUCCGUUGCUUAGAGUCGAUAAUCGUGUACAAUAAUUUUGUGGCGAGCUAUGAACAACAAGCGAGUAAUUAGAGAUUGUUAUCACACGCGAUAUAUCAGUUUUCUACUAAUUUCCUUUAAAUAUAAUUAUCUUUGAUAUAUUAUAACGAUGAAUACAAAUAUACAGAUCUUAUCGAAAACUUUCGGAAUUCAAGCUAAAAACCUGAACUAUUAACUAUAAUAAACUAUUAAAAUUUUUGCAAGAUUCUAACUAAGUAUGUAGUAUUUGUCAGUGGAACUGCUUUUUAUUGUGGGUCAACCUAACUGGUGUCUUUAUUCUUAUUGUGUAAAAUAAUAAUCAUAUGUAAAUAAAAUUUCAUUAACCUUCUAUUAGCAUAAUUUAUUAAGAAGUGAUUGUUUUUAAAUAUCAAAUUUUAAAAAUCAAUAUCAAAACGUAUUUCUUAGAUUAGAUAAUUUAUAGUUAAGACGAAUAAAUUUUUAAUUUUGUACAAAAUGUUUGUAAUGUAGCCAAUCCAAUAUUUGUGUAAGCAAGCAAUAUAAGUAUGUGUGUAACAUAGUUCAAUAUAAUUAUAACACCUAGUUAUUAGUAACUAAAUAAUUAGAAAAUGAACAUAGAACAUAUUGAUUUAAACAAGUCACUAAUUUAAGUUUAUUUGGAAAUUUUGAAAAUGUACUACAAGAAAUAAUUAAACUUGAAGAAGAUGGUAUUUUUGUUUCUUUACUCUGCAUCUUCUCUCGCGACUGACUUUGUUAACUGAAUCUAUUUUUGUAACCGUUGAGAUAUUAACUAUUCUUAAAAUUUAUCGAAAAUUUUAAUGAGUAUUAAAUUCUAUUGCACUGUAAUAAUUGAUUUUCGAGAAGUUUUUUUAUAUAAAUUUGCAAUAAUAAGUACAACUCAUACUUACAUUUACGUAAAUAAUUAUUGUAAAAUGAUAAAAUAUAGAUUUUUAUAAUGUAAAUAUAAUUAAGACCUACUUAUGUAAUUAUAAGUCCGUGUGUGAAGCAAAUAAAAAAAAAAAUGUAUUUUGCUGA